AUGUCAUCGUCCAGUGCUCGUCCAUUUUUUCGUAGUAACAAUCGUUCUCAGCAUAGACUCUCAGCUCGAAAACCAUUGCCAAACAAUACACUUGUUCAGCAACCUAUGAAUGUCAGUUGUUGCGGAGGUGACGAAAAGAAAACAGCAAUUAAGAAUCAAGUUCAAGCGCCACCGCUAAAAGAACAAGAGCCCGUUGUUGAGCAGAAAAAACUCGUUGCUGAUCCAAUGGAAGCAAGUGAUCAUAAGAUUCAGCAUAUACCUCAACAACAAGCAGUUAGAGUUGACGUCGACGACGAUCUAAAAGAUUUAUUCGGUAAAAGAGAAGUAACAAAAGCAAUGAUAAACCAAUUAGCACAACGUGCGCUAACUGGCUCAAUGAGUUUGAACAAUGAUGAUCCACCGCGUCUCUGUACAAAGAAACAUUGUUCAUUCGCUAAUGAACCAUUGACCAUCAAACCUGUUACAUGUGUACCCGGUAUUGGUCCAAAACAUGGACAUCUGUGUGAAAAGCAAGGGAUCAUCAUGGCUCAUCAACUACUAUCAAGAUACAUGAUGAGUGCUAAUGGCGAAGAGUUUGAAAAAUCUCUGAUUAAUCAGCUAAACUUUACACCUAAAUCGGCUGCAAUGGCACGUGAUGGGCUAAAAGAAAUGAGACGACAUCUAAUUUAA